CAUUCAAAAGAAGUCCUGUCACCUUGAUUCUCCCAACGCUUCAGCGCGCGGCUGGGGCUAUGCCGCUCCAAACUCUCCCCCCUAAUACUUCUAUAUUCUAACUAUGCCGAUAUUUACUCUAAAAGGCUCUGCUCACCUCAUCAGUGGCAUCCUGUCUGAGAAUUUGAUAGCGCUCGGCCACCAGCCUGGGCCUCUGGGUGGUCUUUGGAGAAUCACGUCGGGGUUACCUAACUGCCCUGAUCUUUUCAAGGAUGAGGCUUCAGUUGAGUUGACCAUUUAUUCAAGUACGAUAGGAAGCACAGUCUGGCUAGCGGCUACAGUAGGUCUGGCUUGGGCGCCCGACGUUUGGUUAUCAUCAGCCUGUGGCCGUGACAGGUGUUGCUCAGUUUUCUCAAUCUAUUUGGCCCGUUGUCCAAGGUCACGCCAUCUCUGUAAGUGCAACUAGAAAUGUGUGUGGGAUAUCUUCACAGGUGCACCAGCUCUCUUCAUGUUCUCAUGUUUAAACAAAGGACAGCUAUAAAUACGAGCUGCAUUGGGGCUUGAAGAACAGAACUAACCCCAGAGCUGGUGGAGCACACCAGUCCUAGUCAACAACAAAUCAAGAUCCACCUGAAGACAAACUAAACCAAGGCCAGACCAAGGAGCACCUCAAGCCCAAACAGAAGUCCAGAAGAGAACCAUGGAGCGCACGUUCCUCCUCUUGGCGGCCUUCAUCUUCUCCAGCGGCCAGUGCCAAGAUACGGACCCCUCCAGGGACCCCGAUGCCAGCCUGGCCGUCUGCAAGCCCGACAUCUGCAGACUCAUCAGAGACUCAGGGGUCUAUAGCGCACAGAUCUUGGAGCUGCAGAGGCUGAUCCAGGAGCAGGCCCAGCAGCUCCAGGAGCAGGCCCAGCAGCUCCAGGCUCUGCAGGAGAGCACAUCGGCCGCUGUGCCCCGGGUGGCCUUCACUGCCGCGCUGAGCCACUCCUUCGGCCCCGCCAUGGGUCCCACCACGGUCAAGUACGGGGUGAUCAUCUCCAACAUGGGCAACGGCUACGACCGUGCCACGGGCUUCUUCACCGCCCCGGUGGCCGGCAUGUACUACUUCAGAUACACCAUGUUCAACAAUCUGGGUCCAACGCCCAACUCGAUGAUGUCACUGAUGAAGAACGGCCAUGGGAUGGUGUCCUCCUUGGACGUAGAGGGGGAUGACAAUAACGACAGUGCCUCCAACGCCGCCGUGGUGCAGCUGGAGGCCGGAGACAACGUCUACACCGAGCUCCACGGCUCCCGUCAGCUAUUUGACAAUCCCAUGUGCUUCAACACCUUCAGUGGCUUCCUGCUCUUCCCUCUGUAAAAGGCCCGUCGGCCAUUUAGUGAGUUUUGAGGUUGAUUUUCCAGUGUGAUGGUGGGUGAAAGGAGGGGUUGGCUGGAUUAGCGUUUUCUUGUUCACAAAAAUAUAUAUUUUGGCUCUUUAUAAAAGUAACGAAAAACUUUGAUACAAAUAAAAUAAAAUCUUUAGCAUUAAUUCUGUGAGGUUUGAGUUUUUUUGAAGAUAAAUAGAAGGGGAGAGAGGGGCUACAAACCGUUAGAUGACUGGGCAGUAACUUGUGUUUGUUCACUCUAAAAUGUAUUUAUAUUAAGCUGAGCACUCCUAGUAGGUUACUCGGGAUAUCCUAAAAGGCUUAAUGUUAAAACAGCUUAACGAGGCAAAGAAAUAUUUGACUUUGACGAAAAAAAAGAAAAUCAAACAUAUAGGACAACAUCUCUUGAUUUUUUUUAAAUAUGGUAAACACAUCAAAAAAACGGAACUCAAUGUGGCUAAAUGACCUUGAAGAAAGUCAGAUUGAGAAACAUUUCAAAAGGGGUCAAAUUUAGGCAAAAAGUAGAGCUUAAUGAUGCUUAAUGACAAUAAAAACAUAAAAACUCAUAAUUUAUCCAGUCAUUAGAGGAAUAUAAGGAGAUGCUAUGAUGUUGAUUCAAAUUCAAAAUAAAAUCAUUAAAGGGA